GCCAAGAGGACGAUUCUCUAGCCUCCGGCGUCGCGUUCAUUCUCAUCGUCAAAACCGAAGAGAAAACAGAUCUUUUUGCUUGUUGGCAUUGUCACUCUUCAAACACUGCUGCAAGUGUGAGACCAGUCCAGCCGCAAUAAACAACAGGAACUCAGUCGAGCUGAAGAAAUAAGAUAGAGCAGCUCAUUGAAGAAGAGAAACCGAGCUAGGAAAAAGGCGGGAUCUUUAAUCGAGGGGACGACCCAAACGUGGCUUGCUGAUGGAGUUGGAUCUUGGUUCGCUACUUCACGCCCUGAUUCCCACCUGGAACUCUGUUGCUGUAUUGGGUGUGUAUUUCGGGUAUCUGGCGAUUGCUGGAUCUAUAUUGCCUGGGAAAGUAGUUUCGGGUGUUACCUUACAGGAUGGCUCCCGUCUCCAUUAUCGCUGCAAUGGCUUGCUGUCUUUGUUAUUGCUGGUUGGGCUGCUUGGUGUUGGAGCUCAGAUGGAGAUCGUUUCAGCUACUGUGAUAUCAGAGAGAGGACUUGAGCUUCUGUCAGCAACAUUUAUAUUCAGUGUUGUGGUGACAAUGAUGCUGUAUGUAGCUGGUCGCUUGUCAAAGAAUAAGGUUUCUUCCCUUAGGCCUCAUGUCACUGGGAAUCUUAUAGAAGACUGGUGGUUUGGGAUACAGCUCAAUCCUCAGUUUUUUAGUAUUGAUUUAAAAUUCUUCUUUGUUAGAGCUGGAAUGAUGGGAUGGCUGUUUAUAAAUCUGUCAGUUUUAGCAAAGAGUAUCCAAAAUGGUACCUUGAACCAGUCAAUGAUCCUUUACCAAAGCUUCUGUACAUUAUACAUCCUAGACUACUUCUUCUACGAAGAAUACAUGACCUCUACAUGGGACAUAAUUGCCGAGAGAUUGGGCUUUAUGCUGGUGUUUGGGGAUCUUGUCUGGAUUCCUUUUACCUUUAGCAUUCAGGGAUGGUGGCUGCUAAGAAACAACGUGGAACUAACAACAGCAGCCGUCAUUGCUAAUUGCUUUGUUUUCCUGUUGGGAUAUAUGGUAUUCAGAGGAGCUAACAAGCAGAAACACGAUUUCAAGAAGGAUCCCAAAGCGCCAAUUUGGGGACGGGCGCCGAGAGUCAUUGGAGGAAAACUGCUUGCUUCUGGAUAUUGGGGAAUCGCCAGGCAUUGCAAUUAUCUCGGGGACUUAAUGCUGGCUUUGUCAUUCAGCCUUCCAUGCGGAAUAAGCUCUCCGGUUCCAUACUUCUACCCAAUCUAUCUCCUGAUCCUGCUGAUAUGGAGAGAGAGAAGAGAUGAAGCUCGCUGCGCUGAGAAGUACAGAGAAGUGUGGGCAGAAUACCGUCAAUUGGUUCCGUGGAGGAUAUUGCCAUACUUGUAUUAGAACUAACUCUGGGAAUGAACUUUCGGUUCUUGCUUUGUAUGCUUGUGUACGCUUAAGUCUUAACCACUCUAGUCAGUUCCUUAACUUGCUACUUGCUGUCAUUACUUCUUUGGGCUACUAUUAAUGGCAUGAAACAACGCCGCGCUCUGUUUAUUAACAAAGGAGAAUAGCGUAUCCUCUGUUGCUAGAAAGAAAAUCUAGUGCAGCAAUGGCGGAAAACAGUGGAAUGAUUUCGGAUAAAAAAAAUAGUACUGC